GCGGGGAGGCACUCUGUAGAAAGAGGAACCAGGCAGGGUGAGGAGAGGAGAAGGGGGCCCCUGGGUCACGAGGCCCCAGCAGGGCCGGAAAGAGCUCUCCUCCACCCCCAUCAGCACGGACACAGCAAGGGGUAUUCAAAGCUGGAGGACAGACCCAAGUGACGUAGGGACCACUGCAUCCAUCCCUGCCUCAGUGUCCCUUCUGCAUGCAACUGGGCACCUCACUCCUAGGCGUGUGCACCCUGGCUGGGAUCCUUCAGUGCCUGGGGGGAUGGAAGGUGAGGCCUUGAGGGGUGACAGUCAGUCCUGCAUGUGCCGGCUGGGGGCGGGGACUUGAGGCCCGCGCUAGGAGAUCCCCGCCCGCUGGUUUCCUCCGGGGUCAGCCCGGCUCCUUAUCAGGCGCGGCCAGGCAGCCAGGCCCUUAUCUGCACUGGCCCAGCAUCCUCCGGCCGCUGCGCCAGGGGUGAGAGGGAGGAAACCCGGCCGCCAGGGGCGGGGAGAGGGCAGGCGGCCCGGAGCUGCUCACUUUCCCUGGAGGGACCUACCCUGUUGCCACCGCCGCCGCGGUGGCCCUUGGGAGCCAAGGAAGCGGGGCGGCCUGAUGCUGCGGCCCAGACAGGGCCUCCGGCUGCCAGCAGCACGGAGCGCAGGGGCCCGAGUGGGCGGCGGUGCCUUGCCUGAAGUCGGAACCACAUCCUGGACCUGAAGGACAGAGUCACGGCCAUCAGCAGGCAUCCGGAGCAGUGCUGGGGUGAGCACCCCCUCGGGGUCCAUGUGCCCGCCCGAGGCCCAGGCAGAGGUGGGCCCCACCAUGACCGAGAAGGCCAAGAUGGUGUGUGCCCCCAGCCCAGUGCCUGCCCCGCCCCCAAAGCCUGCCUCGCCUGGGCCCCCAAAGGCGGAGGAGGUGGGCCACAGAGGCUCCUCGCCACCCAGGCUGCCCCCUGGCGUGCCAGUGAUCAGCCUGGGCCACACCAGGCCCCCAGGGGCAGCCAUGGCCACCACGGAACUAAGCACCCUCCGUCCCCCGUUGCUGCAACUCUCCACCCUGGGAACCGCCCCAGCGCCCCUGGCCCUGCGUUACCACCCUCACCCCUUCCUCAACAGCCUCUACAUUGGGCCGGCAGGACCUUUCAGCACCUUCCCUAGCAGCCGGCUGAAGCGGAGACCAAGCCAUUGUGAGCUGGAGCUGGCUGAGGGGCACCAGCCCCAGAAGGUGGCCCGGCGCGUGUUCACCAACAGUCGGGAGCGCUGGCGGCAGCAGAACGUGAACGGCGCCUUCGCCGAGCUCAGGAAACUGCUGCCAACGCACCCGCCCGACCGGAAGCUGAGCAAGAACGAGGUGCUCCGCCUGGCCAUGAAAUACAUUGGCUUCCUGGUGCGGCUGCUGCGCGACCAGGCAGCGGCUCUGGCCGCAGGCUCCGCCCCUCCAGGGCCCCGCAAACGGCCGGCGCACCGAGCCCUGGACGACGGCGCCCGCCGCGGGCCUUGUCGCAGGGCCGAGGUGGUGGCGCGCCCGCAGCCCGCGCCCCCAGGCGGCCCCGAUGGCAGCCCCGGUGGGGCGGGCCGACCCAUCAAGACAGAAAAAGCGGCUGUGAGUCCGGAGGUGCGAUGACCUCCACGGUGUCGCCUCUGAGCCGAAGGGCACUGGGAACUCAGCCCAGGGCCGUCCAGGAAGGGGCGGACGACGCUCAGCGCCUGCCCUGGAGAUAACUCCCCCGAAGAAGGACCAGUGAAGAGUCCCCUACAGGGGAAAGGGCCCGGGGGUCUGGAAGGGCGACCGUCGCCCCCAGGGGCCCUGCAGACCCUUUUAUCGCCCACCGCCCGCUGGAAGUGGCCUUGUCCGCGUACCCCUCCCGGGGGAGAGGCCCGGGAACCAACACGUCAGAGCGGUCAUCGGA